ACUGGGAGAAAUAUUUCAAGCUCUGGGCAAAAUGCUCUGGAUUUCUUAAAUGAACCUCGAAACUUUCCUGUUCGCCUUCGAUUUACAAGAGCUCGGCUGAGCACGAAUGAUCGGAUUAUGCUGGGCAGCAUGUUCCAUUCAGUGUCAGUUCUGUUCAGCAAGUUUGAAGCAUGAAGUAUGAAGUAUGAAGUACAGCAACUUAUAUGCAAUUGCAACACGACUGUCCCCAGUUGUGAAGUCAUCAGGUAUUGAAGUUCUGGAGGCUGAUAAUUUCAAAAUGCACUGUUUCCAAACUUUAACAGGUCUUAAGUUUUUGGUCUUAACAGAUCAAAGACAGACUGGCUGUGACUCUCUUUUGAGGAAAUUAUAUGAGAUCUACAGUGACUAUGCACUCAAAAAUCCGUUUUAUUCUCUUGACAUGCCAAUAAGAUGUGAGCUAUUUGAUGAACAUUUGAAAAAGGCAGUGGAUCAGGCAGAGAAGGCUAGUGCAUAUGCAGCAAACCAGUCUAUUGCAUAAGACUAGGAUUGAGAGUGUAUAGUGAAAUAUUAAAUAACGCCAGUUGCAGCAGACUGUGGUGUGUGUGUGUGUGUGUGUGUGUGUGUGUGUGUGUGUGUGUGUGUGUGUGUUUGUUUGUUUGCUUGUUUUUAUGCCAUAGGUUUGUAGAUACCUCUGCUUAUCUUGAUAGUUUAUUGCUACGUCAUUUCAAGUCAAUCUGUGUAUUGUCCACCAAGUUGGUGUAGCUACACGUCAAGUGCUGCCUUGUUAUAUUGAAUUUCUGUUGCAUAUGCAUGGUCAUGUCAAACUGGUGUUAUGGCCUUUAGUUCCUCA